CGCCAUCUUGAAAAUGACGUAAUGCUUUUUGGCAUGAAAACGAGGUCACGCGUGGUUCUUGACACACUGAACACUCGAGCGAUCAUGCGGAACAAAGAUCACUGUUGUGUUCCUAAGUGCAAUAACAAUAGAUCAAAAGUGCAGUCUAAUAUAACCUUUCAUCAAUUCCCGAAAGACAAAGACUUAAGAAGACAGUGGAUUAUAAAAAUUAAGCGUGAUGUCGGCCGGUCCUUCAAGAUAACCAACAGUACAAGAGUUUGCUCUGAUCAUUUUAAACCCACAGAUAUAAAAAAAACGCUAACAGGAAAAAGUGUACUCGUUAAUGGUGCUGUACCAUCCGUUUUUGAAUGGACAACUUUAUCAAAGAAACGAAAGUCACCAACGAAACGCGAAUGCACAACACGUACUAACACAACCGAGAUUGAUGUCGUGGAUAAUAUACAGCCAAUCUCCUCUACAGUCGAAAUUGGGCCCAUCGAAGAUUCAAGCGUAGACGAAAAUGUCAUCGAUACUAGCAGCCACAUGGAGGACUCCACCGUAACUACUGACACCACAAUCAUAACACCUACUGUCAACCUACAUGAUUAUUUAUUUACUGAACCCGAAAAGCCUGUAGAAGAGCUACUUGAGGCAGCGCAAGCUCGUAUCGAACAAUUAGAACAGCUGCUUUCAAAACAAUCUUUUUACAGACAACUGAAAGGGAUGUCAGACAAACGCGUUAGAUUCCAUACUGGCUUUUCGUCAUUUGCUAUUUUUGUGAGUACCUUCAAUGCCCUUAGACCCACAGCUGAAAGUAUGUUUUCAUGGUCCCAAGUACAGAGAGCACGAGCAAAAAGUGGGAAAGAUAUAAGUAACAUGAGAGACACUCUCAAGACAUGCAAACUUAGCUUAUUUGAUCAGUUUUAUUUAUGCAUUACUAAGCUGAGGCUGGGUACUUUUAAUGAGAAACUAGCCAGUGAAUUUGAUAUUUCUAUUUCAACUGUGAGUAGAGUUUUUAUUUCUUGGGUUAACUUUCUCUAUUUUGUUUUGGGAACCAUUCCUAUAUGGCCCUCUCGGGCAAAAAUUGACAAACAUAUGCCUAAGUGUUUUAAAUUGUUAUAUCCUAAAUGCCGUGGUAUUAUUGAUGCCUCAGAGAUCAAGGUACAAGCACCAUCUAGUAUGGUUUUGAAUAGCAAUUGCUAUUCAUCAUAUAAGAGCCACACAACUUACAAAGGCAAUGUUGUAAUAUCUCCAUCUGGGGAAAUUAUUCAUGUAAGUUCUCUUUUUGAAGGAAGUAUUUCUGACAAGGAGCUUGUUAAGCAAUCAGGUUUGUUGAAUUUACUUGAGCCAGGUGAUCAAAUAAUGGCUGAUAAAGGAUUUACUAUAGAGGAUCUAUUAAAGCCAAUAGGUUGUGGAGUAGCAAUGCCUGCCUUUUUGUCAAGUAAGGGUCAAUUUUCAAAGAAAGAACUUUCAACCAGUAAACAGAUACAUAAUUUAAGAGUCCAUGUGGAAAGGGCCAUAAGAAGGGUGAAAGAGUUUCACUAUUUUGAUAAAGUUAUACCUCUUACAGUAGCUGGCAGCAUUAAUCAAAUAUGGACAGUGGCAUGUCUUAUUACCAAUUUCCAGGGGCCUUUGUUGCAUGAAAAGCAAUAUAUCUAAAUAUGUAUACAAUUGUUGUAAAAUAGAUGGAAGAGUAAGCAUCAUUUAAAGUAAAGUAUGUAAGGAUCUGUAAUACAAAUAGUACUAACAACUUUUAACAACUAAGAGUUAGUUGACAUUGAGUGAGGGUACACUACGUAUUAGGUCCAACCUAGGUAAGAACUAUGCCAUCUGUUAACAUGUGAUGUGGAAGGGUGAAUAGUAGGGUGGCCCUAUCCCCUAGGGGCACCCUUUUCGUAUGUACAUGGCAUAUUGGUUAGGCAUUAAAAUAAACAGUAAAAUCAGUAAAAAUUAUAUUGUUAGUACUAUUUUUGUUUUACAGAUUCAAUG